GGCAGGGACAGGGGCUGCACCACAGGGCGGUGGGCACGGAACGGGCUGCACAGGGCAGUGGGCGGCUGCCAGAGUUCAGGGAGUGUUCGGACAGAGCCUUCUGACAUAGGGUUUGAAUUCUGGGUGGUGCUGCACGGAUCCAGGAGUUGGACUCAACUGGCCUUGUAGGUCCCCUUUAAGCCGUGAUGAUUCUAUCUUAAAAACGCACAUAGGACUGAUAAAAUAAAGAGUAAAUUUUGAUAGGAAAGAAACGCAGUUUUUUCAGAAACGUAGAUGCACACCUAUGGAAACCACAGCAGUGGUUAGCAAUUAAAAGAGCGCAAGAAAAAUCUCGGGAGCUUGUCUUCUCCCUCCGUUUCCUGGACACGCGCUUUUCUGCAUCCGACACGACUCAAAAGAACCAGAAGCACGAACCACUUUUUCCGCCAGUAGCAGCAGGCGGACAGCCCGAUGCCACCUGCGGGACGCUCCCUGAGCGGCAGCAGCGGGGAGCCACCGCGACGGGUAGCACAGCCUCCCGCCAGGUGCCGCAGAUCCCGCCCUGGGGCAGGGAGAGCCGCAUAUCUGCAUACGUACUCCCGCCCCUUUUUCUCCCUGUUCCCCCGUGCCCUCCCCCUGCCCGGUCGGAGUCCUCCAGCAGCCCGAUAGCGCUUGCGCGUCUCUUUCGCUCAGCUCCCCGCCCCUUCCGUCUGUGGCGGCGCGAGAGGAAAAUGGCGGAGCUGUCGGUAGGGCAGCACUGCGGGGUGUCGCACUGCCACCAGCUGGAUUUUCUCCCCUUUGUAUGUGAUGGCUGUUCAGGUGUUUUUUGUCUUCAGCACAGGAGCCGGGAUGCUCAUGGAUGUUCUGAGGUGAAUAUAAGAAACAAUUCUGUGAAACCAGAUCAGCACAGAUCUUACCUAUGCUCAUAUAAGGACUGCCACGCGAAGGAACUUUUGCCAGUUUUAUGUCCCUACUGUGAAAAACAUUUUUGCCUGAGACAUCGGCAUCAAUCGGAUCAUGAGUGUGAGAAACUGGACACACCACAACCUCGAAUGGUUGCCACUCAGAAGCUAGUUAAAGAUAUUAUAGAUUCUAAAAAAAAUGAAGAAAUAAAAAGCAAAAAACUCAGAGGAGCAAGAAACAGUGAAACAGCAGCUAAAGUGGCAUUAAUGAAACUGAAAAUGCAUGCAUGUGGUGACAAGUCCUUGCCUCAGACAGAAAGAAUUUACUUUCAAGUACUUCUACCAAAGGGAAACAAAGAGAAAAGCAAGCCUAUGUUCUUUUGCAGUAAGUGGAGUAUUGGCAAAGUAGUAGAUUAUGCAGCAUCCUUAGCAAGCCUUAAAAAUGACAACAAUAAAUCAACAGCCCAGAAAUUGAGGUUAUGCCAUACUGUCUCUGGAGAAGCCUUGCCAUUUGAGCACACGUUGGAAAAAUGGCUAUCUGAUGAAGAUUAUCCGUUAUUCAGUGGUGGAAAUAUAAUUCUGGAGUAUCUUGAUAAUGAUGUUUUAUUUAUAGAAGAUACAGAGUCAUACUUAAGUUAGUAAAAUAUUGUAAACUAAACAGCAGAAGAAAAUUUUCUAGAAAUGUGGUGUUUAAACCAAGACCAGUUUCCUCUUCAUAGAAUCAUAGAACGGCUUGAGUUGGAAAGGAUCUUAAAAAUCAUGUAGUUCCAAGCCUCCAGCCAUAGGCAGGGUUGCCACCCAUGAUAGAAUCUGUUCUCACCUCUGGAAGACACAGUUUCCGCGAAUUCUUCAGCUGCAUAAUUGGCAGAACUAUGUCCUGAAAGGACUGCUAGUUGUUACAAUAACUCAUAUUACAGAUACUCACUAGCUAAAAUAAACUGCUUUAUUGACAUUUUACAGCUAAAUUUUAUAUGUAUUUGUUUUUGUUUAAAUGAUGGCUAAAUUAUGUAUUGAUAAGUAUUGAAAAUAUGCAGUCGCAGUGUGUCAGUUCUGUGAAGAAAAGGAGCACAUUACACUCUUGCUGCACAUUUUCUACGUCUACAGGAACAGAUUUCAGAUAGUUUGGAAUGCAGCACUGGAGCCCAUGCUUCAGAUCCACAUUUUCUUAGUGCAUUGAUUUUUAGAGAAGAAGCUUUAUAAAGUAAAGAUAAUUCUCACAUGUCUUUUCUGUGUUUUGGAAUUUUAAUAUCAAGUUCUUUUUUUAAUAUUCCACCUAAUUACCCUCUCUUAGUUAAGAUUUCAAAAAGGAAGAAAUAUGGUUACACCAGCAGCACAGCUUUUAAUAGCUUGUGGUUUCAUCCUGUCCUGGUUUGGACAGUGUCUGUUUUAGGUAAAUCUCUGUUGCAUUAUCUUCAGCAGUGUGCAAGAUAGAUUUUCUGAGUUUUAAAGGGGUUGUUGAUGGUGCUUCGACAUAAUGAAUUAUACCUGCAGUUGCUUGUAGUGGCUUCUCUGAUGUCAAUCUUGUAAUUCGGUUUGGAGGUCAUUAAAAAGAUUGUUCAAAGUAUAA